AUGGUUCUAACGCCCAAAUUUCCCGAAAAACCGGUAAUCCGAAAGGACGCGGCAACCGGAGAAAUCGUGCUCUCCUGCAGCCUCGAAGGCAAUCCUAAACCCGACUUAACUUACUUCCUCAAUGACAAACAAAUAACUCCACAGCCAGGGAAGCUAACGUUUGUCUACGUGGAGGCCGGAACAGAUGUCUACAAUUGUGAAAUUCGAAUUGCAAAUCCCACUACAAACGACGGUGGAGUCUACAAAAUUAAAGCUCUCAAUUCAGCAGGCGAAAGCAAUACCUUAAACUAUGUGGUUUGUGCUUUGAUAGAUGGUCUAUUCAAAGGGUUUGUUGUUUCUGCUAAGGUCACGAGGGCAUGCUCAAAUCAAUCAAUGCUUGACUAUGUAGAGGUCAAGUUAGGAAUUGUACCUCCGUCUCUCCACUCUAAAUAA